GCGCUUUUUGCGACUGGGGUGAUCGCUGUCACGUGUAAGCGGAUCCCCCAUGUGUCACAUGACUCGACCCCCUAAUCCCAAAGCGGUGGACCCCAGCGGAGCUCAGACGCGCUUGUUGCGCCGGCUGUUUUGGCUGUUUGGCCCGCCCCGAGUAAGCGUUCCAGCCUCCCCUGCCCGCUUGCGUCAGGAGCCCCUUCCACACGUACAAGCUGCGCUUAUCCCUCAGUCAAUUUCAACCUACGGACGACGGCCGCCUUCUUCGUGUGUGCUAUUCAUACAGUUCAAUUUACAGAUCGCCAACAAAUGUCUCUUCAACGGGUCGCCCGUGCGAAUGUGCUGCGGCACUUGCGCCUCGGCGAUGCCUCGUCGCACCAGACUCGCGUGAUCGCAGUGCAGAAUCAGCUUCGCCGUCUUUCUCUCGCCACAAACCCCCGAUUCUCGACUCCGCUGGCCGGAUCUCCCUCUGCUGUCAAAGCUCAACAGUCUCAAACCUUUGCGACAGAUGCGACCAAGUCUGAUAGUGCCAAGAAAUCUACCAAGAAGUCGUCGACCAAGGAGCCCAAGGCAGAGAAGAAGAAACCCACGCGCGCUUUGACGGAAGAGCAAAAGGAGAAGAAGGAGAAGAAGGAGAGCCGCGAACUCGUUAAACGGCUUAAGGAAACCGCUCUUCAACCGCCCAAGAAGUUGCCCCAGGUGGCUCGCUCUAUUGCUAUCCAGAGCAAGAUCAAGGAAGUGAGGGAGCAGUCGUCUUUGCGGAAGCCCGCGGAAGUCCUCAAGGAGGCCGUUUCGCAAGUUCAAUCUCAGCGACUGGGCGAGGCCGACCGAUAUAUCAAUCAAGCCGAGGAAAACCGGGCUGCCAACAAAGCCUCCUACGAAGCCUGGAUCCAGCAAUAUACACCUCUUCAGGUCAAGCAGGCAAACACUGCUCGCAAACAUCUCCGUAGAUUGGGUUAUACCAAGUACCUUGCCCUUCAAGACGAGCGCCUGGCCAAGUCUCCCAUCACUGCUUAUAUGUGGUAUUUGAAGGAGCGCCACGACAGCGGCGACUUCAAGCACCUCCACGUGAAGGAGGCAGCUUCGCGAAUCGCCAGUGAAUGGAAGAGCUUGACCGACUCGGAGAAGCAGCCCUUCCUUACCAAGUCUGAACGCGAUGUUGAGCGCUACCGUGAGGAAUACCGCGAGGUGUACGGUGAGGAUGUACCUUCGUUGAAGGCCAAGGCGUCUUCUCCCUAAAUGGGGUGCAUGUUUGUGCCCGAGGGAUGUCCUUCGUGUAUUCUGUGAUAAGUGGUCAAAGACGGUGUUUAGAACGGGUUGGGUUGGACAAGGGUUUGGAUCUGGGUCGGUAUGGCCAUUGUCUUUGUGUGUUUCGAGUCUCCCCUACGUCGCUCGAUUCCCUUUUUUCCUUCGUCCUGUAUUGUAGUUUAUUGUCCACGCGCACCAUUGUACUUGUCUUGUUUUAUCC